ACGCUCCAUUUCUCGGAGCAUUGAGAGCGCGUCGUCCGUCUUCUCCGGGACCCACGACACAUGUGUUUAUACAAAAGUAUCACCAAAAUCGUGGAUUCUAACUGUCUAGUUGACAUUUGUGUACAAUUUGCUGUUGGAUUUUACCUCUAACCGAAAGGGACAUACAAGAUUCCCUGCAUGAUGUGGCCAUGUCUUGUACUGGUGCUGAUAGCCCAGCUACUUCAGCCUGCGUUCCCACAAACAGCGUCCCGACUGGAGAGCAACCCGUGCACCAAUGCCGCUACGUGUGGAGAGUGCAUCAGAACAUCGGCCGUGUGUGCCUGGUGCGCCUCGGAGGGUUUGGACCAGUCCAUAUCCCGCUGUGACCUACAGGAUCACCUGCUGUCUUCAGGAGCCUGCAAGAAGGAGGACAUCCAAGCCCCAGCCUCCAAUCUUAAUGUCACUAAGGACGAGCCAGUCCAGGGAGGGGACGGCACAGAAGAAGCUGUACAAGUGCAGCCCCAGGCUAUCAACCUCAGGGUUAGACCCAACGAGGCUGUGAAGUUCAAGGUUCAGUUCCGGCAGGCCGAGAACUACCCCGUGGACCUGUACUUCCUGCUGGACAUGUCCCACUCCAUGGUGAAGGAGAAGGACGCCCAGACCAGGCUCAUCAACCUCGGCCUCGCCAUGAAAAAUACUAUGGUUAAGAUCACAAAAGACUUUCGACUGGGCUUUGGAACGUUUGUGGACAAGCUCGCUAUGCCGUAUGUCGCCUGGACGAAGAAGAUGUUAGAAGACAGGUGUCCAUCUGGAGUUCAAUGUCGCCGGCCACAUGACUUCCAAAACCAAAUGGCACUGACGAAAAACAUGACCAUAUUUGCGGAUCGGAUGAGGGAAGCUUUAAGCAUGAUGUCUCAGAGUCUGGACGACCCUGAGGGAGGGAUGGAUGGCAUGAUGCAGGUGCUGUCGUGUGAUGACCCCAUUGGAUGGAGGAAGCGGUCUCGGCGUAUGGUUGUGUACAGUUCCAACUCCUGGUUCCAUCUAGCCGGCGAUGGCAAGCUUGGUGGAGCCGUGGGCAGCAACGAUGGCGAGUGUCACCUGGACACAAAUGGGGAGUACUCAGGCUUUGACACUGUCAUUGACUACCCCAGCGUCAGUCAGCUGGCUAAGAAGGUGAAGGACACGAGAACCAACGUGGUGUUUGCCGUCAUGAACAACGUCUACAACGUUCACCAGAAACUCAGUGGUUUUCUGGAGGGCUCAGCCAUCGACAAACUAGCAGAAGCCUCUGAAAACAUCAUUGAACUUGUCAGAAACAAUUACGACAAACUUAGGUCCAAAAUUGAGUUUAAGCCAGUAAAUGCAGAAAAUAUCCAAGUUACAUUCAAGUCCAAAUGCAACGGGACAAAAACAAGAAUAACGAACGAGUGCACGGGGUUAGAACUGGGGGAAUCCGUGGUGUUCGACGUGGAGGUCAAUGUGUCACCCGAGCUGUGUAAGAAGAAGACACAUACAUUUGACAUCGCUGCCGUCGGUUUGUCUGAGAAGCUGACCGUGAACCUUGACCUUGUGUGUGAGUGUGACUGCGAGAAGCCAGGUCAGGAGCAACCGGCCAGCGACUUGUGUAGCGGUGGUAAUGGAACAUUUGAGUGUGGUCAGUGCACGUGCAACCCAAACCGGUACGGGCGAGUUUGCGAGUGUGACGAGGGCGAGCUGUCCAGUCAGGAGUCCAUCGCCAAGUGUCAGAAAGACCCCAACAGCACCGUGGUGUGUUCCGGCCAUGGCGACUGUGUGUGUGGAGUGUGCGAGUGCUACACCAUCGGGAUCAACACCGCCCGGCGCUACAGCCGCGCAUUCUGCGAGUGCAACGACUACGCCUGUGAUUAUUACGACCUUCAGCUGUGUGGAGGUCCAACUCGCGGUGUGUGCAAGUGCGGUAACUGUCAGUGUUUGCCAGGAUUCAAGGGGGACAACUGUGGUUGCUCAACGAGGAACGACACAUGCGAGGCUGAGAAUGGGGUGAUCUGUAACGGGGAAGGCGAGUGUGUGUGCGGCAAGUGUGAGUGUCAACAGGGGACCAACUACAUCGGGCCGACAUGCUCCGACUGCCCGACUUGUCCCUCGAAAUGCAGUCAAUACAAGUCGUGUGCACAGUGUUUGGGGUUCGGCACAGGGGAAUAUGACUCCGUCAGCUGUACGCGAGAGUGUACGAUGAAAUGGGAGAAGCAGAGUACAGUUGAAGAUCGCCCGCAGGAUGGCAUCAAGAUGUGUCGUUCUAACCUAGAAGAUGGGUGUCUCAUACUCUACAGCUAUGAAUAUAAUGAACAGAACGACAUUGUACUCAAGAUUCAAGAGAAGAAAGAGUGUCCCGAGGAGGUACCGGUCAUGGCCAUCGCCCUGGGCAUCCCUUUCGCCAUCCUCUUCAUAGGCAUCCUUAUCAUCCUCCUCAUCCUCUUCAUCAAAAGGAGGAGAGAAGCCAAGGAAUACGCCGAGUUCCUCAAAGUGUCAAAGAAAGCUAAAUGGGAAUCUGAGAGUAAUCCUAUUUACCGGGACCCUAAGUCAACGUACCAGAACCCCACAUACAAAGCACUCAAAGAAAAGGAAACGCUCCUUGAACAAAAUUAAAGGACCAUUGGAGCCGAGAAAACAAUAUGUUAACAGCUCAGAACAAACACGCCUUGGCAAUGUUGUGCCGUCAGCAGCGAAGUAGUUGUUGGUGUUGAGGGGAAGGUGCUACACAUCCUGGGGAAGAAUGUACGAAACGGGGGGCAAUGGCAAUCACGUCCUUCAUGUGGAGGGACAAACAUGGCCAUUAGUCCGAGAAGAGUGACAAUCUAGAGGGACCAGUUGUUUUCUCCCGAAAGUUAUUUCACAUAAUUCAGAAGUCCGAGAUGAGCGGUCAACAAAUGGACUCUAUGCCCCCGCAACUACCCCCGAUGUAUCACCACACUCGACUUUGUCUCGGGCACCUUCUUUGAAGACAUUAUUUCACUAAAACGUUACAAGCCCGUCUUCAUUACACGCACAAACUCUAACGCACCACGUAAUACAACCCUUGAAAUAUUCCAAAAUAUGAUCACACAAACCACACAAUAGGGCCUCUUACAUACUACACAAUAAAACCCCUUACAUACCACACAAUAGGGCCCCUUAUAUUCUACACAAGAAAGCCCAUUACAUGCCACAAAAUAGAGCCCCUUAUAUGCCACACAAUAGAGCCCCUUACUAGCCACACAGUAGGGCCCCUUACAUUCUACACACGAAAGCCCAUUACAUGCCACAAAAUGGAGCCCCUUACAUGCCACACAAUAGAGCCCCUUACAUGCCAUGCAAUCGAGCCCCUUACAUGCCACACAAUAGAGCCCCUUACAUGCCAUGCAAUCGAGCCCCUUACAUACUACACACAAAGCCCCUUACAUGCCAGAUAAUAUAUCCCAUUACAUACUACAAAAACAAAGCCCCUUACAUGCCGCACUAUAGAGCCCCUUACAUACUACACACAAAGCCCCUUACAUGCCAGAUAAUAUAUCCCAUUACAUACUACAAAAACAAAGCCCCUUACAUGCCGCACUAUAGAGCCCCUUACAUACUACACACAAAGCCCCUUACAUGCCAGAUAAUAUAUCCCAUUACAUACUACAAAAACAAAGCCCCUUACAUGCCGCACUAUAGAGCCCCUUACAUACUACACACAAAGCCCCUUUCAUGCCAGACAACAGAGUCCCUUACAUACUUCACAAGAAAGCCCCUUAUAUGCCACAUAACAUAACCUCACAUAACACACAAUACAACUCCUCACAUACAACACAGCACACGUUAGUGGGUGAAUGUUUUUCAACGCCACAGACAGCAAUAUUUUAGCUAUAUCAAGGUGGUCAGAAUGUAAUCGAGUCACUACCAGACCCACCAUUUGGUGAGAGCGUGGUCGGAGUACAAUGACAAGCAAUCAAUCAGCCAAGUCACCAAGCUUUACCACCCAUUCCUUAUUUAUGUUGGCUCUUGUGACAAGCUUGAUGUAUUAGGGACCCCGAAUCGAUCUAGCGCCCCUCAACUACCGAUCAACACAACACAUAAUUUCACAAUACAACUUAACCUCAACCAAACCACACAACAAACUCUCACAACACAACACAACAAAACCCAUAUCAACCCACACAGUUGACACUCACAUACUGACACCAUAUUCCAAAUGUACCCCAAAUCCUGAAUUCAAAACAUUCCCCUCUGAUUUGUUAUAAUGUAACCUAGUAACCAUAGUCUGCAUGUUGAAUGACUAAGGAUCAAGAUGUGCAUAUACUUGCAUGUGUUUGAGUCUGUCCGUGUAACGAUCCUGUAUUGUCUGUGAUACAUGCUCCACACUCGGGAGCGUGCAGAUAGUGUAGGACAUUACGUUGUACUGACACUUUGCCAAAGUAGCUCUUUCACCGCAUGUGACAUUCACACCAAUGUUUAUUUGUCUGUUCAGAUUCACCCUUUGUUCGUCAUAGUGUGUGCGCCCAUGUCUGUAAGUGGGCCUCUGUGGUAGACACAGGGUCAUGUCUGUAAGUUGGGCCUCUGUGGUAGACACAGGGCCAUGUGUGUAAGUGGGACUCUGUGGUAGACAUAGGGCCAUGUCUGUAAGUGGGCCUCUGUGGUAGACACAGGGACGUGUGUGUAAGUGGGCCUCUGUGGUAGACACAGGGUCAUGUCUGUAAGUUGGGCCUCUGUGGUAGACACAGGGCCAUGUCUGUAAGUGGGCCUCUGUGGUAGACACAGGGUCAUGUCUGUAAGUUGGGCCUCUGUGGUAGACACGGGGCCAUGUCUGUAAGUGGGCCUCUGUGGUAGACACGGGGCCAUGUGUGUAAGUUGGGCCUCUGUGGUAGACACAGGGCCAUGUCUGUAAGUUGGGCCUCUGUGGUAGACACAGGAUCAUGUGUGUAAGACAUAGGGCCAUGUCUGUAAGUUGGGCCUCUGUGGUAGACACAGGGCCAUGUGCGUAAGUGGGACUCUGUGGUAGACACAGGGCCAUGUGUGUAAGUUGGGCCUUUCUGGUAGACACAGGGUCAUGUCUGUAAGUUGGGCCUCUGUGGUAGACACAGGAUCAUGUGUGUAAGAGGGUCUCUGUGGUAGACACCGGGCCAUGUCUGUAAGUGGGCCUCUGUGGUAGACACAGGGUCAUGUCUGUAAGUUGGGCCUCUGUUGUAGACACAGGGUCAUGUCUGUAAGUUGGGCCUCUGUGGUAGACAUAGGGCCAUGUCUGUAAGUUGGGCCUCUGUGGUAGACACAGGGCCAUGUCUGUAAGUUGGGCCUCUGUGGUAGACACGGGGCCAUGUCUGUAAGUGGGGUCUCUGUUGUAGACACAGGGCCAUAUCUGUAAGUCGGGCCUCUGUGGUAGACACAGGGCCAUGUCUGUAAGUUGGACCUCUGUGGUAGACACAGGGCCAUGUGUGCCAGUAAGAACACAUAAUGACAGUCUUGUGAUACUUAAUGUACUCGUCACGUACUGCACUUGUCACCAUGCGCAAUUUACUGUACUUGUCACGUGGUCACCUUGUGGCACUUACUGUACUCGUCACGCGAUCAUCUUGUGCCAGUUACAGUACCAAAUAUCAUCAUAUCCUUCUUGUCAGUUCGCCAUGUAGUGACGUCACAACUUUAAGGUAUUACCACAACGCAUGUCUGUUCGGUUCAGAAAAUUUAAAUAUCGCAGAAAAGAAUAUAUAAUUCCAUCAAUACAACAACCGUAUAUCUGAAUAUAUAUUUAAACCAAGUCAGUAUUGUCCAGCAGGAUAUGACUGCAUAUUUCACAUGAAGCUAAAUCCCAUAAAAAUCAGAUCUUAGUUCUCGUACGGACCUGUGCACCCGGUGACAUUGGUCCGUGGUUCUCGCUACCGCUUAACAAAGAUUCAACAUUCAAUUACGUGUCAUCCGACCAAUCGGAUCGUCGCCUACCAGAUCAGGAAAGUGACAGUCGGAAUGUGUUUUCUUAUCAUGCAACCUCAAAAAGGUUACCACUGGGUAUUCCGAACGACAAUCACGGCCUGUACGGCUUAUUCCGCCAAAAUCAUCGUCUUUCUCUCGCUCCAAUUGGAUAAGCAUUUGAACGUCCCGUGCGAAGUACUGCCACGCAAUCUUGACGAUAUAAUAAACAUUAGAGAAAGUUCUUUAGUUCAGUUUUCAGAUUUUGAAUAGUGUCAAAAUAGUUUUCAAGCGUAGUCUGAAAUGGAGUCGCCAUAGUCUAGUAUGGCUCGAGAAGCAGCUUUCUGAUUCGCUAAUGUGGACUUCUUGUCAGUCAUUUCAUUAGUCUGUCAAAGUUCGCGCUUGGUCGUACUGAAGUGACCAAUAAUUGGGCGUCAUCAGCUCUCUGUUUGCCGGAAGCAAGAACUAGAUCUGAUUUUAAUGAUAUUACUUGAAGCUGCUCUACACUGCCGGAUUCCACUGUCUACAUGGUGCCGCAGAAGGAACCUGCCAGUCCUUAGUUAAUGGUGCUUUUUUUAGAUCCACAAUCCAAAUUAGGAACAACGCUAGGUUAGAGCUUGUGUAAGCAUAAUAUCACAUAAUGUAUGCAUAAUAUCAUAUAUCAUAUAUCCUGUGUAAAAGGUCCUAGUGUUUACAUGUGGGUGUGUUAGUGUUGUUAUACGCCGCAAUGGGAGCUAUAUCACGGCAGGAUACACAAGGGAUGAGGUGUGGGGGCAGGAAUGGUAACUUUUUCUUCACGACAUUUAAUGAAAUGAAAUUAAUUUUUGCAGCCAACAAUAAUUGUUUUGGUGAUAGAUAUGUGGCAAAAUGAUCUUCUACCGGCCUUGAAAUUAAAGGGAACAUGGACAGCCAAGAUGACGCAAUUCGAUCUGUCAUGGGUUCGUCUAUGGUUUCGUGGACCAUACCUGAUCUCACCAGCGUAUCAACUUUAAACUUUAUAUGACCCCAUCGUUUUAAGUUUCCCUGAACAGAAAAGUGUCCACCCGUGAAAAGACAUUAGUAAAUGUGGCCAGAGACCCGAGUUGACCUACCAGUUAUGCAUAUAUUAAAUAUUAGAUUUCAUUUAUAUAUAGUUUUCAUAGGACGAGUAUUUGUGACCAGACUCCGUUCAUGUGAACCCUUUAUCACCCCCAAAGUCUGUGUUGAAACACAUAGGUUGUGAACAGUUGUUAUAAAUGUUGCUCAUCAUCGUGCCUGGUUAUUUCGAACAAUAUAUUAGCACUGCCUGGUUUGGGCCGUUUCAAAACCAGCUUUAAUAUUGACUUGAGAUUGUUACGAUUGUGCGGAUUUUAAGAUACGAGUCUGGUGACAGUAAAUAUAGAGUUAUGAUGAAACCAUAUUGUUGAUGAUCUACUAUAGAUGCACUGACAAUAAUUUAAACUUGUGUUUGCGAUCAUCGAUCCCAGAUGGUUUUCCUACAGCCACCAAAGCAGGAUGGAAGAUUAAUUACAUGCAUUUACAGUCGUGGGUUUGUGCUGCCUGUCCAUAACUGCAGAUAUACGCAUCAAUACUGAAUUGUUUUACAUACUGUAUAUCAACAUAUGUUUAUACCAUUAAAGGCAGCUUUUACACAA